CCCCAUUAUCAUACCAUCCGUACAAUCACAAUAGUGACACCAUAAACAACACUCUGACAGUGAGAGUGAGAGAGUGAGAAAAAGAGAGAGAAAGAGCAGGACACGCACAGAGCCAGGCUACCUAAGGAUUAGCGGGUGCACGUUUCCCAUCUUUCACUCGCUGUUUCUCUCUCUCUGUGUUUCUCUCUCUCUCUUUGUUACUGAAGAACUUAAAGAGGAAAAAAAAAAAAGGUAAGCCAAGUUUCUCGGAAAAACAAUUCCUACCCAAGACAGUGGAUUUGAAAAUUUGUAACUUCUUUUUUUCCUUUAAAGUUUUCAUUUUGGUUCUGGUUUUUUCAUUUGGAGCUACUUUGUUGGAACUUAAUACUGUAAAUAUUAAAUAACAAUAUAAAUGUAAAUUUUUUUUCUUUAUUUUUUUUUCCAUUAAAUUUUGGAUCUUUUGUGGUUAUAUUGGUAUUCUUUUCAUUUUUUUCACUUCCAUUUAGUCCCGGUAGAGUUUGAUUGAUACUGUAUAGUGUAACUGUUGUAUUGAAUUAACUAUUUAUUUUCUUUCAAGGUUGAUAUAUUUUGAUUCCUAAUUUUCAUGUUAGAUGAUGAAUGUAGCUUCUUACCAUUGUGCUAUGGUAUCAUAAGUUGUUAAUUGGACAUCUGGACUCUUAAACUUGGACAGUUUUGUGAAGUAUUUCUUAGUAUUCUAUUUGAUUGCUGAGAAAGUGAAUGAAUGGAAGAGAAUACAUAGUUUUGAGUUUAUAUGAGGGUUUUGAUUGUAGUGCAAAUGAAAACCAAUUGCAAAUGAAUUAAAGAAAGAAAGAAAGAAAAUCCUAAACAUGUUUCUAAUGGUAAAGACUAGAAAAAGGGGAAGAGGGAGAGGGGGAAAAUUCAAUUGGGUAUUUAUAGUUAUUGAAGGUUUUUGAGAACAACUUCUUUUGUGGGGCUUAUAAGUGCCCGAUAUGUAAUUUUGCAAAGAAUGUUCGAAAUUUUUUGCUCUUUGUAAUUUUAAUUUCUAAGUUUUAUUAUACAAGGAAUUUGUUUUUUUUGUUCAGUUAAAUGUUGGUUGUGUCCUUUUCAAGUUUAUAAUUUAUUUCCUCUUGUAAAGUUCAUUUCCAUAAGUUGGGUUAGAUUGAUGGCAGAAAUAUGGCAUUAAACUUAUAAAGGGAGGAAAUUUUGUCUUCUUUUUUGGUAAUAAGAAGGGACAGAAAGAAGCUUAAUUGUGUUAAAUUAUGGGAAGCUGAUGGACACCCUGUAAAUUAAGUUCACAAUGUCAAGGCAAGCUCACCUUCCUCCGCGUUGCCCAAUUCAAAAGAAACCCAUCGCUGGCCCAAUUCAUGACACAGUCUCUCACCCCCUGCACAUCAAUGAAUCAUAUCCCCGACACCAGAAGUCGUCCUCCCAAAGUUCCAUCCUAGAUGAGCAGCCAGCAUGGCUUGAUGACUUGUUAGGUGAUGCAGUCUCAAAUUCCAAAGGAAUGUCCCAUCGUCGAUCAGUUAGCGACUCUUUUGCCCCUUUGGACGCUCUUGAAGACAUGUUUCCAAGUUUGACUCCACAUAAAGAUGAUGCAAGCAUAGAUGUUAGUGAGACGUGUAGUGGGUUGGAGUCAGCUUGUACUUACGGUCCCAAUUCUCCUCGUCAAAAAAGCAAUGUAACCUUUACAGAGAAUGCAAUAGUUUCAGCAUUGUCAGAAUAUGUUUCUCAGGACCCUCUGCCUUACAUAGAUGGGAGUCUUUGCAAUUCUGCUAUUACUCACUCUCAUUCAAAAGGAGAUGAUUGUCAUUCAGUUGGUGAGCUCAACAUAGAGAACAAGGCUGUAAAACGUUUAUGCACCUCUGGUGAGCAAGCUUGUCAGAGUAAAGGAGCACCAUUCUCUUGGUUGUCAAAGAGAGGGGACGACUGCAGGUCAAAAGAAGCACUCAGAAAGCAGCACUCUGGGCAGCGUUCAAGAGUUCGUAAACUCCAGUAUAUUGCUGAACUGGAAAGUACUGUAGAUGUUUUGCAGACUUUCGAAUCAGAGUUGGCUGUCAGAGUUGCUUCUCUUCUUCAGCAACGUGUUGCUCUGUCCCUGGAAAACUGCACUUUAAAACAGCAGGUGGCCAGACUGCAGCAAGAAAAAUUAAUCAUGGAGUGUGAAUAUCAGGCUCUGAAGAAGGAACUCGAGUCUCUGAAGUCCGGUUUUGCAAAAUCCAAAAGUAGCAAGGUCAGCACAUAUUUUGGGUCCAGAACUGCUGCCGAGUCAUCUAAGAUCAAAGGCUACAUGGCAGAUGUUAGAUAUGGGAAAGCUUAACAUUAGUUGAAACCCCCGAAAAAAAUAAUAAUAAUACUGGAAUUUUGUGUUGAUGCACCCUGGUACUGGUUGAAGCAGAUCCAGCCAAAGGGUACUGGCUGUUCUUCAUAGCCAUUUCUUUCAGUCUUACUCAUAAACUGUAGUCUUUAGGUAUCCUGUAGGCUAUGGUACUUUGCUGUUCUAGGAACUACUUUUAUCAUUUUAGGAGAAAGCGACACAAUUUUCUCUAUGUUU